AUGGGUGAAAUCGUGUCGGAGGACCACGUCGUUCAGGAACUAGUCAGAUCAGUGGAGGAUAUACCCAUCGGCAUCGCGGAUGUUCUGACGGUGCUGCAGCAGCUGUGCUCAGAGCACGACCCCAAGGACAUGUCCGCCGUGCUGCACCAUGCCCAGACAUACGCGCUCGACGACUUGCCCCGGCUGCGCCGCCUCGUGCGUCUCUCCAUGCGCCCCUUCGAAGCCGCGUGUCAUUACCCUCUCGCUAACUUCCCCGCAGUCAUGCAAGGUACCAUCACUGCAACCGCCGCUGCGACGAGACCUGCGCCCUCUCUUUUCUACCUUAACGUGCGCUCUCCUUUUUCUCGAGUUUGGCUGCUGAGUCCACAGACCUGCGUGGCGGCGCGCUUGUCUGAGAUUCAGCUGGCGGCGUCAUUUCCCAAGGACGAGAAGGAGGUGGUCGCAAUCAGAGCCGCGCACCGGCGCGCUGGUAACCAGAAAGCACGUCAUCUUGCAGCCACGCACCGUGCAGGAGCAGUACGAGCAGCAGGAGGAGCAGGAGCAGGGGCCACAGGAGCAGGAGGAGCAGGAGCAGGAGCAGCAGGAGCAGGAGAAGGAGCAGGAGCAGCAGCAGCAGGCACAUGGGGACCUGGGUUGGUAGCAGGAGCAGAGUGA